GCCGGUUUAUUGGUUAGUCGGCGUGUGAGCUACAUAUCAAUAGAACAUUCCUAGCGUUUUACCUGUUACGCACCAAUCGUAAAUAUUAUUUGAUAAAUUAAAAUUCUCAUAAAUCCUAACAGUGCCACCGUAAAUUUUACAACUGUAUAAAUAAUAUGGAAUUCCUCCGAAAGAACAAAUAUUAAAUCGAUUAAAAUAAUGUUGUGAAAUGAUAUAGUGUUGUGAAAUCGACUAAAUUUUAGUGGUGUGCUGAUAUAAACAAAGUUUUAAAAUUGGAACUUAAUAGGUUUUAAAAAACAAAUAGGUAUUUUAUUUUGUGAUGGAAACUUGCAUCGUGUGCUGGAAUAUAAAAGUGAAUAUAAUAACAAUAAAGCUUCGGGAAUAGACCCUCAAAUGCCCUAACUCUGUCCCAAUGCGCGGCGCACGCUACAGAUCUCUGGCCUGCGCGGGCGCGAGGGGGCGUGGCCUCACGAUGCGCGGUGCAUGAUGCCGCGGCGCAGGCGCAGGCUCGCGUCCCGCAUCCGCCACUACGUGCGCGGCCUGCUCGCGUUCCUCUUCAGCAAUGUGGGCGUUGUAGUGCUGGUUGUGGCUUAUACUAUUGCUGGUGCAUUUAUGUUCCAAGCGAUAGAGGGCGGCAGCGAGAUGAGGCUGGACAAGCAGAUGACGUGCGCCAGAGACAACCUCACGCAGUACCUGUGGCAGAACGUCACGCUAGACCUCAACCUGUUCAACGAGACUGCUGUUAAGGAGAGGAUAGGCACGGAGCUACGUAACUACCAGACUACGAUAGUGCGCGCGGUACACCGCGGCUGGGAUGGCGGCCGGUCCUCGCGACAGUGGAGCUUCUCCUCCUCAUUCCUCUAUUCACUCACUGUCAUCACUACUAUAGGUUACGGUCACCUGUCUCCGAAGACGGACUGGGGCAAGGUGGUGACGAUCCUGUACGCGCUGCUGGGCAUGCCGCUGUUCCUGCUCUACCUUACCAAUGUUGGCGAGCUGUUGGCGCGGUGGUUCAAGUGUAUCUACGCCCUGGUGUGCCUCUGCAGAGGAUGUCCAGGGUUCACCAGGAGACGAGCUGCCAGGUUACGGCUGCAGUACGAGUUAAGUGAAGCGGAGAGUAUCGAGCGGCCGGCGGCGUGGCGACGCGAGGGUGACGUCACGCACAGCCUCUAUGCUGAGAGAUAUGAUGAUCCGAGGGGGUAUGCUAGAAGACCCGACUACCUCCGCAGCAUAUCAAUGCCUUCCCCCCACAUGCACAACGCGCUUCACCCCCGCGUGUCCACACGUCGCGGUGUGUCAGAACCAGUGCAUCAUUCUCCAAGUCCUGAUCCGAGCGACUUCAGCUACGUCACCUUCGAUGCUCAGACCAUCACUGUGCCUAUCAGUGUGUGCGUCGCUAUUAUGGUUGGGUACAUAAUGUUCGGGUCUAUGAUCUUCGGUAUGUGGGAGAAGUGGGACCAGCUCGACGGAGCUUACUUCUGCUUUAUAUCGUUAAGCAGCAUCGGUUUCGGUGACUUCGUGCCGGGCGAGCGAGUGUACACCCCGCGCAUCGAGCCCUCCUUCAUCGUGUGCUCGCUGUACCUCAUGCUCGGCAUGGCGCUGGUCGCCAUGUGCUUCAACCUCAUGCAGGAGCAGGUGAUGCACUACUUCGCGGCUGUCAAACGCGUCGUCAAACGACUCGGCCGCUGCAAGAGGUGACAACCCUAUGUUACUGGGGAAGAAAGAAAAUAUAUUAACUGUACAUAGUAGUAUACGAUAAUAUAAAUACUAUUUAAUGUUAGGUUUUAAUAAAGACUUAUUUGCUGUU